CUGCUCCUCUCACAGGUCUCUUCACCGUCCUGAGGACCUCACCCCUCCCUCAGCAUGGGGAUUCUGGAGAAGAUAGCCGAGAUUGAGAGAGAAAUCUCUCGGACACAGAAAAACAAAGCUACGGAGUACCAUCUAGGUCUGCUAAAAGCCAAGCUAGCCAAGUACAGAGCACAACUUUUGGAGCCUUCAAAAUCAGCAGGAGCCAAAGGUGAAGGUUUUGAUGUUAUGAAAUCAGGAGAUGCCAGGGUGGCUCUAAUCGGGUUUCCAUCAGUUGGCAAGUCUACCUUUCUUAGCUUGAUGACAUCGACAGAAAGUGAAGCUGCUUCAUAUGAGUUCACUACAUUGACUUGCAUUCCAGGUGUCAUUGAGUACAAAGGUGCCAAUAUACAGCUGCUGGAUUUGCCUGGAAUUAUUGAAGGAGCUGCUCAAGGAAAGGGCAGAGGUAGACAGGUCAUAGCUGUAGCCAGAACUGCAGAUGUGGUUAUCAUGAUGCUGGAUGCAACCAAAGGAGAGGUUCAAAGGGAACUUCUUGAAAAAGAGCUUGAAUCUGUUGGCAUCAGACUCAACCGGUGCAAACCAAACAUUUAUUUCAAGCCUAAGAAAGGAGGUGGCCUCUCCUUCAAUUCAACACUUCCUCUCACAUACUGUUCAGAGAAGCUUGUUCAGCUCAUUCUUCAUGAAUACAAAAUCUUCAAUGCUGAGGUUUUAUUUAGAGAAGACUGCACACCGGACGAGUUUAUCGAUGUUAUUGUUGGCAACAGAGUGUACAUGCCUUGCUUAUACGUGUACAACAAAGUGGACCAGAUCUCAAUAGAGGAAGUAGACCGUCUUGCUCGUCGACCCAACAGUGUGGUCAUCAGCUGUGGCAUGAAACUGAAUCUCGACUACCUCCUGGAGCAGCUGUGGGAAUACCUGGCUCUGAUUUGUUUGUACACCAAGAAGAGAGGAGAAAGGCCAGAUUUCGGUGACCCAAUCAUCAUGAGAAGAGGAGCAUCGGUAGAGCAUGUGUGUCACAGAAUUCACAGGACAUUAGCCAGCCAGUUCAAGUAUGCACUUGUCUGGGGAACAAGCACAAAGUACAGCCCUCAGCGAGUAGGACUGACGCACAUUAUGGAACAUGAGGACGUCAUUCAGAUCGUGAAGAAGUAGAAUUGUGGCUUCGGAUGUUGUGCACUAUUACGCAGGACCUUUUAUCCAACAAAAAUACACAUUUACACAGUACUUACAAUACCUACAAUUACACAGAUAUCCUUACACAGAAACUGUACCCAAACUUUUACAGAAAAAAGAAGCAAAAAAUGGAUUUUGGAUAUUUUGUGGGAAUUUGGAACCCAUAUGAAAUGGUAUUGCACAAAUGCUCAAUUUUCUCCUGAGCGUUAUGGAAACCGAUACUCCUGAUUUAAUUAAAAUUAAAUUGAAUAUUAUUAAUCAAAUGCCAUUGGUUGAUUGAAUCAGUCAUGUAUUUGCUAACGAAUCAUUCUCAGAUACAUGUUUAAUCAGAAAGCAAUAAAAAUCCCAGAGUUCAAAGGUU